AUGCAACCACCGCGGCAGAACGUCUCGAAGGAAGGCGGCGAAGUAAACAUUUAUCAAGGCGUUACACGAUCGGCGACCAGACGUAAGCGGAACUCAUUGCCGCAUCUUAGUUUGAAAAAGUCCACCUGUUGUGGAGAUGAUAUAGUGUGGAGUAGAACAUUCUUUCAGUGUAAGAGAUCAUCGAGAAAAGGUACAAAAUAA